AUGCCUAAAGGAAGACUGCCUAUUCCACUCAUUGAGUUCUUGAAGAACCGAAUCUACCUAGGCGCCUACGACUAUACUCCCCACGAUACUCCUGACUUGGUGUAUUUUACGGUGGAAGAUGCUUUUCCUUAUAACGCUUUCCACUUGGACUUCGGUCCUCUCCACAUCGGUUCCUUGUAUAGGUUUGCUGUCAGUCUACAUAACAUCUUAAACGAAGAAGCUAAUCAGGGCAAAGCUGUGGUAUUUUACAGCUCCACGCUGCCCAAGGAAAGAGCUAAUGCUGCAUGCUUGUUGUGCUGCUACAUGGUGCUUGUCCAGCUGUGGGCUCCACAUCAAGUUCUUCAGCCGAUUAGUCAGGUUGAAUUUCCUUUCCAACCCUUCAGAGACGCUGGUUACUCCAAUGCAGAUUUCGAAAUCACCAUUCAGGACAUUGUGUAUGCAAUGUGGAGGGCAAAAGAGCGUGACAUGAUAGACUUGACUACAUUCAAUUUAGAAGAGUACGAGCAGUAUGAGAGAGUUGACCAAGGUGACUUCAACGUCAUUUCGAAGGAUUUUAUUGCAUUUGCAUCUCCUCAGCAAAAGAAACCGGGUGUAUUGAAUGAGCCAUUCAAGAAGGUCCUCUCCUUCUUCAUGAGCAACAAUGUCCAGUUGGCUGUCAGACUUAAUUCUCAUUUAUACGAUGCCAGUGAGUUCACAAAGCGUGAUAUACAGCACAUUGACAUGAUUUUUGAGGACGGUACUUGUCCUACAAUGGAGUACGUGCAGAAGUUUAUUGGGGCUGCCGAAUGCAUAAUAAACAGAGGAGGAAAAAUAGCUGUGCAUUGCAAGGCUGGUUUAGGAAGGACCGGCUGCCUCAUAGGCGCCCACCUAAUUUAUACCCAUGGGUUCACAGCGAAUGAGUGCAUUGCAUACAUGAGGAUGAUUCGUCCUGGCAUGGUCGUGGGCCCACAACAGCAUUGGCUAUACUUACAUCAGAACGAAUUUCGUGAUUGGAGACAUACGAUGUGCCUUGAUAACAGACCUGACCCUUUUAUUGGAGGACUUUUCCCACUAGUACCGUACAGCGAGUUUAAAGCUAGAUUGAAGGAGGAAGCAAAACAGAAGAGGUUACAGCAGCAGCAACAACAGAUCAAUUCUUCGUACAUGAGCCAUCUCGAUUCAUCCUUCACGCACACACCAGUCAGAAGGAGAAAGAUAAGUGAGCACCUCGCCAACAAGAUUCAAAGCGCAGUUCCAAUGGAAUCUCCUGGUCAGCCAAGAAAGUACCAAGAGGCAGACACUUCCUCUGUGCUUGAUGUUAUCAACAACUCUGAUGAGGACAACCAAGCUCUUUCGAUGCAAGACGCUGAUUCCGGAGUAGACCAAGAGAUCAAUAACGCUGAUGGCGAAAUCGUACACAGCUCUCCAAAGAGAGAUGUUAACGAUCAUCGCGUCUUGCGCUCCAUCAGUACUAACAGCCAACAUUUGCCUGUGCAGUUGACUAAGACUACCACAACGACAACGACUCGUACUAUAAGCACGACCUUAACUUCCAACCCAACUUCCCCAAGCGGUUCAAAAAUGCUCAAAUCUCGCUCAAGCACCAAAGUUCACAGUGCACUUCUUCCAGGAAAGAACGGAACCAGAAUUCACUCUGGUGGGAUCAGAAAACUUAGCGGCAAGAAGUACUGA